UGCAAAACUCUGUAACGCCUCUAAUGGGACCAAUGAUAAGCAUCUGUGCUUGAUGCAUCUUUCAUGAGUUAUCCCUGAAGCGUGCAUAAAGACCUGUUUCUUUGCGCCGAUCAUGACUGCACUUUUCUAUAAUGAUUGUCAACGAGCGCCAGAUACAUGAUGUCCAAGAACAAGAUCACCAUGGGUAGCACCCGCGAUUCCCACUCUUAUGCGUGUGAUGAAUGCCGUUUACGCAAGUCCAGAUGCUCUAAAGAGAAACCUACUUGCGCGCAGUGCAAGCAGCUGGACAAAGAAUGCAAAUAUAGCCCAAAGAUAACAAGAAGCCCUCUAACACGGCAGCACUUGACGUAUGUCGAAGACCGCUUGCAGGCAUUUGAAUCCGCCUUAGGACGGCUAUUUCCCGGUGGCGAUCUGGACGCCACAGUGCGUUCUUUAUUGCAGGAUCAAGAUCCCCUCUCGAAGGAGCGCUCUUCAUCCAAGUCUUCCUCUAGACAUUCCACGCCGGCAAAGACCGAAGCAGAUCGGCAUGAGUCAGCACCAGAAGCUUUGCCCCAGCAAGCCGAUGGGUUUGACUGGGCUGAGAACCGGAUUACCCUCGGAGACCUGACAGACGGGAUGGCAGCCCUGUCAAUCAAACCGGAAGGCGCAGGCUACUUUGGAGCGUCUUCAAGCGUUGUACCGCUUCGGGCAUUGCUUAAACAUGGGUUCGACCUCAAUAUACCGUCCGGAUCGUCCAAACGCGUGGAUAAUUCGGACAGGGUUCCACUGAAAUCGCAGCUUUUGAACAUCGCGCCUUCUGGUGUUAUUGAACAAGCAUUCAUGGAUGCAUUCUUCAACAACUAUCAUAUGAGCUAUCCAUUUGUGCAUGAGGCCACUUUCAGGGCGCAGUUCCACGAGCAGCUUCCCCGACCUCAUGGACCAGCAUGGCAAAUUCUGCUCAACACAAUUCUCGCUCUAGGGGCUUGGUGCAUCGGAGACGACAAUUCUGACCUCGAUAUCACGUUCUACCAAGAGGCCAGAAGCAGGUUACAGCAAAUGUCUGUGUUUGAAGCCGGCAAUCUCACUCUUGUCCAGGCUUUGCUAUUCUUGAGUAAUUACGCUCAGAAACGGAAUAAGCCAAACACAGGCUGGAAUUUCUUGGGUUUAGCUGUCAGGAUGUCGAUGAGUCUCGGACUACAUAAAGAGUUUCACGGAUGGAAAAUCAGCCUUUUGCAACGCGAGGUCCGUAGAAGACUGUGGUGGGGCGUCUAUAUCUUCGAUAGUGGCGCUGCGAAGACAUUUGGCCGUCCUAUCCUUCUACCGGAAGAUAGCGUUAUGGAUGUAAAGCAUGUUCUCAACAUUCAUGACGAAGCGCUCACCUCGACGACCACGGUUGUGCCUCCCGAGGUUAAUGAGCCAACUUUGUACACGGGAAUGCUUGCGCAGGCUAAAUUCCACAUACUCACAAACAGUGUCUACCAACGUCUUAUAUCCGGGCCGAACCCCACACCAGAGGAGACCCUUAGCCUUCAGAAACCGAUGGAGGAAUGGUAUAAUAGUCUACCCGAUUAUAUCAAAAAUCCGGCUCCCGGUUCAAUGUCAGACAAUUUCGCUCUAGUCCGCAGUCGACUAUUGUGGCGGGAUUGGAACUUGAGAAUCCUCAUUUACCGCCCGAUCCUUCUAAGAUGGGCUUCGAAACGAUGGACGCCGAAUACGCCCACCGAGCCAGAAGACCCUUACGAGGCUGAGUGCCGGAUGCUCUGCUUCCGCAAUGCCAAACUGACUAUAUCCUCCAUCACCGAUUUCGUGAACAAUUAUCCGUGCACCAGGGUUGGUGCAUGGUAUAUGCUUUACUUCCUCUUCCAAGCAGGUUUAAUCCCAAUCAUCCUCCUGAUGACAGAUCCAACUAGCGCAGAAGCCCCAAGCUGGAUUCAGGAGAUCGAAGCAACUAAAGCCCUACUCAUGUACCCUUCAUUGAGCAACAACAACCUUGCCGGUCGUUGUCUCGACGUAAUAUAUCGACUUUGCGCCCCUGUAUAUCCGUCAAACGCCACCAGCUCUGCGAGUGCACCAUCACAGCAGCCUCAGCCGAUCUACAUGCCCUUUGCGGACCAACUUUACAACGAUCCCACCUUCGGCAGCCUCUUCCCUGAUGUUAAUCAAGACCUGAACGUCAGUGCAGGGAUGGACUUCUCUGAAUGGGUGAAUUUUGCUCCGACGCCACAUAACGACUUCACCUGA